AUGUCAAGUCAGUAUUGCAACCAUCUGGCCAGCGCCGAGAACAAGGCCGUCGGCUGGACUGCGCAUUGGAGUCCCGGCAAACGGGAUGAAAUACGCAAGCAUCCGGAACGCGUCGAGAAGAUAGUGACGAUCUGCAAGGUGCGAUUGGUUCUGCGGUGCUCUUUCGCGUGUCAGCUUCACAAGUUCGACCCAGCCGAUUUCGUUCGGUGGGGACUCGCGGACCCCGACGAGAUGAUCGAGGAGCUGAGCAACGCAGCACUGCCGGCGCUGCUGGUUUUCCAGCGUGCCGGCACGUCCUUCCACGAGGCUGGGAGCUUCGACCACCUCGAUCCUCAGCGCCCUACAGUGGAAGUCGAGCUUCAGCCGCCUGCCAGAGUGAAGUCCAUGUCCUUCAUGACUGGGAAGGACGUCCCCGGGCUCGACCCAGUCUGCUGGAAGGUGGAGGGUUUCGUGGCGGACAAGAAAGGAGGAGGUCGCUGGAAGCAGCUGGUCUGGCAAGACAAGCCAUAUGCCCCGCCCUUCAAGCGAGAGACUGACCUGUGCGUCGUCUUCGACGUGGAGCAUUGGCGCGUCGACAAGUCGGGUGGCCGGACUUCCAAGGUGGCGAGCCUCACGCUCCAGUCUUUCCUUCCGGUGGUGCAGGAGCGCUUGAGCUUCUUCACGGCAUCCCUUCGAAGCCUCCUCCGCUCCUCAGAGAAGUACGGCAUUCGGGCCGGCAUCGACACGCUGCUGGACAGCCACAUCGGCAACAUUCCCUCCUUGACGCAGGUCAUCCCUUGCUACAACGAGACGGUGAUCCUUAGUAAGCAGUACCUGCAAGAGGACGAUGGCUUGAACAGCAACCUGGCCUUCAUCAUCUCACAGUUCCCGGAGGAGUGGGCAUUCUUCUGCGAGCGGCAUGACUUCACACCCAAGGGCAUGCACAAUGCCUUCAUGGGCCGCGGCGACCACAUGCUUACGCCAGCGGUUAUCAUGGAGGUGCGAAUGUGGGCCUCGAUGCGCUCGCAGACAGUUGCCAGGACUGUCGUUGGCGCGAUGCAGUACCAGGAGGUGGUUGCAAUGCUGCCGAGCGUGCAGUCAGCCGAGAAUCCGGGAAAGGCUCUCGAAAGUUGCGUUGAGCUGGUCCUGGCGCAUCAGACGUAUGGAAGCAAGGCUGGAACCCCGGCGAACGACGAGUCGGUACGGUAUUUGCUUGCCAAGUACCGGCACCUCUGCUUCUUCCUGGUCUUUGACUUCGAUGCCGACAAGUCCCGGCCGGACAUCGUCACGGCCGUGAACAACUUCGUGCGAGAGAAGUAUCGCUUCGAUCGGCCCGUCCGGCAUGCGUCGGUGUUGGCGCGCUUUCGGAAGGGCGCAUACAAAGAGGACGAUUUCGAAGUGCCGGAGAGUGCUGUGGAGAUCCUGGAAGUGCUGCCCCGGUGCUUCGCACUACUCGUGGGCACGCCGGGCUUCAUGACACAGGGCAAAGCUGGCAACCAGCUUGGGGCGCUGCGCUUCUCCCGGGGUCACUUCUUGCAGAUGAUGGAUGCAAACAUGGGCGCCUUCCUCGGUGAGGCGACCAAGGUGCCUUUCAUCCUGCGACGGUUUCAACCUCACUGGACCGACAGGACAACAGUACGAGCCCGAAUCAUUGGCUUUCGAGAGUUCAUCUUCACUGAGAGCCACGGGGCUGUGGGCAGCGUCAUGGCCUCGGCCGAGUGGUCUUUCGGAACCAUCUGCCAGCGAUUCCUGGCCGGUUUAGGUGCCCGAAUGCACUACGGACAUCCGGACUUUUUGGACGGCUUCUGGGCCUCGAAUCGGGGCUCUUUGUCGAAAGCGAGCCCCGCCAUUAAUCUCUCAGAGGAUAUCUUCGCCGGUUUCAACGUGCGCAUGCGAGGCGAAGCCUCCAAGCACGUGGAUGCCCUGGCCUGGGAGAAAGGUCGAGAGUCUUCCUUCAACGCUGCCGCCCUCUUCUACACCAAGGUCAGCAAAGGCAACGUGGGCGUCAUGCGAUCCCGGGACCUGAAAGUGAUCACGCAGAACCUGAAUAUUGUUGAUAACUUCUCCUUCUACUUCGCUUCUGUGGGCUUCUACCUGAACAACCUGCUCAUUGAUGCGUCUGCCACGGUUUACGUGCUCCUGUUCAUCCUCCUGGCGCUCUCCUCGAAGUCCUUGGUCGACGUGGCCUCUUUGGACUCGAUGUUGGCCACGGAGUGGACGCUGUCCAUGGGGACCAUCGCCAUGUUGCCGAGGUUCAUGGAGUUGACCUUGGAGUAUGGGCCGCUGGAGGGUAUCCUUCGCUUCGUUCCCUCGAUCCCCGGCUGCAUGACCAUGUUCACCUUCAUCAACAAGUCCAUUGCCUCGGGUGUGCAGGAGACCAUGGUCACCGGCGAAGCGUCCUACAUAGCAACUGGCCGCCCCAACGCGAACACGCACUACAGCUGGAAGGAGUGUUAUUUCAUUCACUGUUCCAGCCACUACUAUCCGGCGCUCAGGAUCUUCAUAGGCUACUCAAUCUACGUCUUGGUGUCGCAGGCCCAGGGCUUCUCGACACUUCCGAUGAUGGUCCUGCUUGCGUCGGCGGUGAUGUGGUUGAUUGCGCCGAUACUCUUCUGCCCGCAGCCCACGCUGGCAUCUCUAGGCCAUGACUUGAGCGAGUUCUGGCAGUUUGCCAUUGCUGCGCCCGACUGGUCCGUUAGAACUCUCAGCCGGCAGCUGGGGUCCAAAGACACGGAGGAGCACCUCCGCACCGGCUUGCGAGAUCCGCGAUCCACUCUCUACGAGUUUUGGCUGCUGAAAGCUUUGGAGCACAAGAAGUUCUCCUGCUUUCAGAGGGUCGGCUUUCUCUUGUUGGAGAUACUUUGUGUGGUCUUUCUCCUUUCGGUUGUGUACAGUUCUCUGUUGGACGACAUUUGGCUAGUUAUACUUCUCUACAGUAUCCACUACCUGCUGAUGGAGAUCUGGCGACUGCUCUAUCGGCCGACAGUUCUGACGCUGCUGACGACGGUGAUGUGGCUGCUUGUGCCAGUCAUCAUUCAGAUGCCGCUGCUGAACUCGUUCUUCCUCCUCCUGAUCUUGGUAGUGACUCUCCAGGCCGUCCGGUCGCUAGUGCUCCUGCUGGUCUGGGGCGUGUUGAGGCCAAACUUGGACUGGAAGAAGAUGCCAGAGAACUCGGAAAGCGAGCGAGCUGCCAAGCAGGCGACCGCUCGACGGGUUCUUCAGUACGACAUUGCGGUGGAGUACUUGUACGUCAACCUCAUGGGCCAUCAGCUUCAUCUUUACGCUGCUUUCGCGAUUCUGCUGAUGAAUUUCGCCGUUCAGUUCGUCCUCGUUUUGCUGGAGUUGCUCUACGGGUUGCAUUCCUGGGCGCUCUUGAAUCCGCGUUUACGAAGCCGGCGCUGCUGCCAAACACGGCGGGGAUAUGAGCCAAGCUGA